CCCCUCCCAACACAUUAAACUUCAAGACACUGGUGGCCCCAGAGGUGGACGUUUCCCUGGACCAGAGCAGCAGCUCCUUGCUGUCUGGUGGCUUCUUGGAUACCCUCGAUGACCUAGAUAUCAACAUGGAUGACACUGAGACCCCCAAUGAGACCGACUUGCUGGAGUUCCUGGGGAACAGCAAUGAACUGGAAUGGGAAGACUCGGCCACUUCGUCGAGGAACCCUAGUGUCUUCUUCAGACAACGCUGUUUAGAAACCAAGAUCUGGAUGGUAGGUAUUCUCAUUGCUACUGGGAUGUCGUGGCUUCUAGGCCUUCUCAGCCGACAGAGGUUAGAAAUAUAUGGAUGUGUACUGUUCUAUACAUACGCACACGUGUAUGUUGUUUCUAUCUAUAAAAAUCCCAGUGAAUUCAUGCUGAUACCUCCAAUUCCAAUCUAACACCACAGCGUUCAUUCUAGCCUUCUCUCUUUGCUUGUUUGUAACAUCUUUUUUUGACAGUGAGAAACUGGCUCUUAUUAUCUAUAAUCUGUUUACUUAGUUGUUCAACCCUCGUUUAU